UUUAAAAUUAUCUAAAUCGAGUAUCUUAUAAAAAACAUUGUAUAUUUAUAAAAAAAAAAUUGGAAUUCAUAAAAUAUCAGAAGUGAUAUCAACGCCAUCGUGUAGAAACCAGCUUGGACACCCUGAUAGAAAUCUUUGAUUCUUUAUAUAAAGAAUGGUAUAUUUGACCGGUAUCCAAAUUGUUAAUUGUUUAAAAAAUGGCUGUAACAUUGUGUAAACUAUCUCGAUUCUCAAGAAGUUAUAAAUAUUUAAAGAAUUAUGAUAAUUUUAAUAUAAAUAAUCGUUCGUCGUCGUUUUGUACAGUAGCUCAGCAACCAAAAUCAAGAAAUUUAUUAAAAAUCGGCAUUAUAGGUGCAACUAUUGGUGUUAUAGGAGGAACAGGUUAUUCUUUUUAUAAAAUUAGUGAAGACAGAAAAAAUUUAGCUUUAGAUGGAACACCUGUAAAUCCAACCCAAAUAUUAAAACAUAAACCAUCUAUUACACCAUCUAGAAAGGUCACUUUUCCUGUAAAUACAACUGGAUUAAAACUUACAUUGUAUCAAUAUCAAACGUGUCCUUUUUGCUGUAAAGUUAGAGCUUUUUUAGAUUAUUAUGGAAUAUCUUAUGAUGUGGUCGAGGUGGAUCCAGUAUUGCGAAAAGAAAUUUCUUGGUCUUCUUACAAAAAAGUACCAAUACUUCUUGUUCAAGUAAAAGAUGGUUAUCAACCUUUGAAUGAUAGUUCAAUGAUUAUAUCAUUACUGUCGUCUUAUAUGCAAGAUAAAUCUCAAAAUAUCUCAGAAUUGGUAGAAUAUUAUCCAAACAUAGCUAUGCAUGAUAAUGAAGGAAAAUUUAAAUAUGAAAUUAUGAAUAAAUAUUUCCUUAUGUAUAAUAAAAUGCCUCCUGAGGAUAUUUCAAUGAAUGCUAUAACAGAAGAACGUAAAUGGAGACAGUGGACGGAUGAUGUAUUAAUUCAUACUCUUUCACCAAAUGUAUAUAGGACAUUGAAUGAAGCAUAUGAAACUUUUGAAUGGUUUUCUGAGGUUGGUCACUGGAAAGAAUAUUUCCCAUCAUGGGAACAAAUGUUAAUAGUUAAUGUAGGAGCAUGUGCUAUGUGGUUGAUAGCAAAACGUUUGAAAAAAAGACACAGACUAAAGGAGGAUGUUCGCCAAUCAUUGUAUGAUGAAGUAAACAAGUGGUUAAAAGAAGUUCAUGUAAAUGGAACUCCAUUUAGGGGUGGUCACAAUCCAGACCUUUCAGAUCUUGCAGUAUAUGGUGUUCUAAAAAGUAUUGAAGGAUGUUCUGCUUUUAAGGAUUUAUUAAAGAAUACAAAGUUAUCUAAAUGGUAUAAUGCCAUGAAAGAAAGAGUUGAUUCAUAUGCUGGAAGUACACUUGUAAAUGGUUAAUUUAUUCAUUAUAGAGUUCUGUGAUUUAAUUCAAUUUUCUUCAAAAAGAAAAUGUAGUAUUGUAUUAAAAUAAUUGUAAAGUGAUUUAUGAAUUUAUACAGAUUAACUUUAUUUUAUUUCUUGCACAAUUACAAAGUUAACCAAUAAAUAAUUUCAACUGUUUAUUUAUGAGCUAUUUACUUUACACAGCACAUGGUAAUUGACGAUAUGUUAACUUAAAACCUUUAUUUUGUGCAUCAUUUAAUUCAUUCUCAUUUGUAACAACAUAAAGUACAAAUGGUUUUAAAGUAGCUGAAAUAUUAAUAAAAUAAAUAUAGUAACUUUAACUUAAUAUUAUAUGCAAUGCAGAAUAUAUCAAAACAUACUUGUAAUAUAAUUACCAUUAUAUUUAAUAUAACUACGAAUAUACUUAAAUGAGAUUGAGACUUAUAUACAUACAUGUUUUAGUUAUAAAAGCAUUUCCACAAAAACGUUCUGUAUUAUCAGGAAUACCAUCCUCACUUGGAUUUGGUAUAAUAACAAAAUCAUCAAUACAAUCUAAUCCAGACUCUGCUACUGCAGAAGUACCUAUGAUAACAAUUCAGCAUUAUUUAUAUAUUUUAUUAUAUUAUAUUUGUAUACAAUUUACCUAUUAUAGUUGGAUCCAAAGUACUUGUAUCUCCAGAAAUAGAAAAUGAAUUUAUAUCACUUUGUGACCACUGGAUGCUACAAUAACCUAAAGCCAUUCUAACGCAAACACCAUAAUUUAAAUUAACCAUUUCUCUAGUUCCCACCAUAGGUGCUGGAAUAUUUUACAUUUUUGUGUAAUAUAUCAAUUAUACAUAAAAUUACUGAUUUCUAUACUUACAUCUUGAGUUCACAGUUGUACCAUAGUUGAAACUUGUUACAGUAUCAGAUGUUGAUUUAUAAUAUUGUAAACAUCCAUUAGGAGCUAAAAUAUACCAUAUAAUAUUUCUAA